AUUCACCCUUCUACUUCCACAUGCAAUACAAAGAAACAAAAGCACAACUCAUCACACCACACGACUUCACCACCCAACAAAUGAGCGGCGCAACCAGCUUCGGUCGGUUCUACGAGACCUGGUUCGACCAACUUCACCACAUGGUUAAUCAACUAAGGAAAACUUCUAAACCGCCCCCCAACCAAGACGCCGCUGCCCAUUUGAGUCACUUUGUUGAUAAGCUUAUGAAUCACUAUGCAGAGUAUUAUAGGGUUAAGUCAGCGGCGGCGGAGCGCGACGUUUUGUCAGUGUUCACCGCCCCUUGGGCAUCCUCCCUCGAACGGUCGCUCCACUGGAUCGCGGGGUGGCGACCCACCACUUUGUUUCAUCUUAUGUAUACUGAGUCAAGCAUACUGUUUGAGUCUCAUAUUGUUGAUAUUUUAAGAGGGCUAAGAACUGGAGAUCUUGGUGAUCUAUCACCUACUCAGUUCAGGAGAGUGAGCGAGUUGCAGUGCGAGACAGUGAAAGAAGAGAAUGCACUGACAGACCAACUUUCGGAAUGGCAAGAUGGCGCAAGUGAGUUAGCAGGGUCCACUUCUGGCACUGACGUUGAUGAAAAGAUCGGACGGUUGGUGAGCAUUGUUCAUAGGGCAGAUGAUCUACGGCUCAGAACAGUCAGGAUGAUUGUUGAUAUGUUGACCCCAUACCAAGCUGCAGAGUUCUUGGUUGCUGUUGCGGAUUUGCAGUUUGGAAUCCACAUUCGGGGAAGAAAUCAGGACCGUCUACGUCAGAAUUAGAGAUGUAGUACAUGGAAAAUAGGUGUGCCUGUUUUACACGCUAGUAUUUCCUUAGUGAGUACAUGAAUAUUGUCUUAUGGGACAUAUAUAUUGGAUUCGUUUAUGAGAGUUAAUUAAGGAUGAUGCAUUGAAUUAUGAA